UAAAUUAUCUAAUAUCUGAUAAAACGCCUUUAUUCCUCCAAACCUUCGCCGUAUUUCUCCGCCUCCCUCUGAAUCCUCUCUUCUUCCUCCAGGAGUCAGAAUUCGAUUCAAACAAGCAGCCCGACAGCCCGUCAGAGGAGGAGCCCUCCACCCCCAGAGCCACCGUCCCCCCCAACCCAAAGUAUGAGCUGCUGAUGAACCACGAGCUGAAAACCAACGGCCUGAGCAGCAGGGAGGCCAACGGUCCAGGAGGCGGCGGCUCGGCCGGGGAGAGCAGCCCCAGGCUGUCCAGAUGGGAGGCCGGCCGGCUGGGGACCAACAGCUUCCGGGGGUCCCUGGAGUCCCUGGCCUCGCGGGACUGGGACGCAGGUUCAGACAGGGUGGGCGCCAUCGACAGCCCCCCCAGGGUGUUCAACAGUCCCUACUCCAACACCCUCUCCAUGGAUUUUCACCCCCCGUUCCGGGCGUCUGAGUUCAAGGGCGGACUCUCUCCUGCCACCUCAGAGCACAACCUCUACAGCUUCAACAGUCGCAGCACCAGUCCCAUCGGCAUCUCCGGCUCCAUGACGACCGCCUCCAGGACCCGAUUCUCCACCUACGACACACUGAGGAGGAGGCCUGACAUGAACCCCGCCCUCACACAUAAAGUGGCGCCGGUUCACUACAGCAUGCGUUCCUCCACGCUGGGAGCUCCAAACAGGAAGGACUUCAUAGAAGAACUGACCAAGCAGCUGGACGCCUGUCAGAAGCGGAACAACUUCCUGGAGGCGGAGAGCGUGGAGAUGGAGAAAGAGAGGGAGCAGAUCAGGUUCGACAUGCGCGCCCUGCUGGUGAACAACGAGGACCUGCUGAGGACCAACGCCCAGCUGAACAACGAGAUGAAGAGGAUCCGGGAGCAGAUGAUGGAGAUGGAGAAGGAGAGCCAGGCCGUGAAGGAGCAGUACAUCCAGAUGGAGAUGGAGGUGAGACAAGCUCGAGAAAUGAUGGUGGAGGCCAACAAUCAGGAGUACGCCUUCAACUUCCUGCAGCAGUCCCUGAAGAACAAGAUCCAGGAUGCUGAGGAGAACAUGGAGAAGCAGAACCAGCACGCCAAAGGUCUGGCUGAGAAGCUGUGGCUGGCAGAGAGGCAGAUCGAGGAGAUGGAGGUGGACAAAGAAACCCGAGACAAGAGGACAGCUGAUCUCAACAGCACCAUCCUCAGGCUGGAGGAGGAGCUCGGCGAGGCGCUGCAGAUCUCCACCCAGAGCUCGGCAGAACUGAACCUGCAGCACAAGCUGCGUGAGGACGCCCAGAACCGAGUGGAUGAGCUGGAGGAGCUGAUUCUGGAGAAGGACCAGGAGAUCCAGAGGCUGGAGCUAACAGUCAGCAAACUGCAGGGAGAGGUCUCUGGAAAGCUGAUCGAUAAGGAGCGCAGCCUGGAGGACGAGAUCCAGCUGAGGGAGCGGCUGCAGCUGCAGGUCCGGCAGGCGGAGAGGACGGUGGACGACCUGACCCUGGAGCUGCAGGCCACCAACCACACCAAGGACGACCUGACCAAGCAGCUGAAAACCGCUCAGGAGAAGCUGAUCGACCUGGAGAGCGAACUGGAGGAGCUGCAGGACAGCGAGCGGCGGUGGGCCGCCAAGCAGAAGAAGGCCAUCGAGCAGACCGAGCAGCUGCAGCUUAAGCUGAUUCAGGAGAAAGAUCUGAGCGACCAGCUGGAGAUGGAGAAGACUUUCAUGGAGAGACAGAUCAGAGACCUUCGCCUGCAGGUGGAGGACCUGGAGAGCUCCAGGGUCCAGGAGGACGUGGUCUCCCGAGCCGAGACCCGGUCCAAGGAGCUGGAGAGCGCUCUGAGAGCGGAGGAGAGGAACAAAGCAAAUCUGAGCAACACCAUCAGUAAACUGGAGAGGAAGAUCAACGAGCUGAACGACCAGAUGGAGGAGGAGCAGCGGAUCGCCACCGAGCAGAAGGAGCUGAUGAACCAGAGGAUCCGGACCCUGAAGCGGCAGCUCAACGAGGUGGAGGAGGAGGCCACCAGGAAGGAGGCGCAGUUCCGCCACCUCCAGAGGGAGCUGACCGAGGAGAGGGAGACGAGCAGCCGCCUGCAGAGGCAGCUGAUGGACCAGCACCUCCAGAGCAAACGUAAGGAGAACCUGAGCAUCCGGCAGACCCUGGACAACCUGCGGCUGGAUCUGAGUGCGGACGAAGACGAGGAGGAAGAGCUGCCAGCGAACGAUCCGCCAAGCAGCGUGACUAACGUCUGAUGGUUCUCAGGAGGAUUGGAGUUUAGCAGGAGCUCUGCAGCAGAGCCCACCUUCAUCCGGUGGGAAACCAUCCCGCGCGUCUGGGAAUUCGUUCAACACUUUAAACUGGAAUUCAUUCAAAUGUUUGAUGAAAUUUGGUGCUCGGUUUGUAGCAAACAGGUUAUUUUUUUAUCUUCCGGUGGUUUCUGCCAUGAAACGACUCCAAACGUACAGGUUAGCCCCGUAAUCAGGACUCCAUAUAAAAGAAUGUCUCCCUCUGCUGGCUAAAGUUGAGAACUACCCCCACCUGUGGCUCCAGCUGCUGUUUUCUUUCACCUGUUUCUGGGAGCAGGAAUUUCUGUGGCCUGAUAGAUAAAAUAAGCUUUAAACAUUCAGAUGACACGUUUAUUUUCUGUAAAGGAACAAAUGCAUCUGCAGUAUUUUGUCUAAGAUGUUUUACAGCGUCUCCGUGGGAUACCGAGGGAUUUGAUCGCGGCUAUUUUCAACUCAAUCACAAGAGAGAUUAUUUAUACAUGUAUUGUUUUUAAAGAUAAAGUCUUUGUGGGACGUCUUUGUUUUUAUUUUGCUGCUGCGUCGAUGUAACUGUCUGUCCGUCUGUCUGUCCGUCUGUAGAGGAGUUCUUCCAGAGGUGGAGAUUAUAUGAACAUUUAAUCUGGGGGGGCGGUGCCAAACAUUCAGAUUACCAGUUUACUCCCAUCUCUAUUGAGCACGUUUAAAGUGAGGAAAUCAUUUUUAAAGCACGGAGGGGAUUUUUACUGAACCGUGUUCUACUAACAGCCUUUUUUAAAACUGUGGUAAAAUCACCUGUUUGUAAAAAAAAAGAAAAAAAAAAAGAGGAAAUUGUUGGUUUAUUGAAAUAAACCUAAAACAUUUUUACCGUGUUUACAAUGUUUUCUUGUUUUAAACGAGCACAACAUGAGGUUAGAAAUCAAAUGUCACACUUUUUGUUUUACACUUUGUCUUAAAGCUAAAACUAUUUUCUGUCAGAGUGGGUAUUUAUUUUCAGCCCUUGGUGCAAACUAACAUUAAAGUCUUCAA